UCAGUAGAAAAACCCUAAACGUGUUUAGCUUCGCGAGACUCUCUGUACAUUCGCAGCGUUUUGUAAAAAUGGAGGUGUCUUCUGUGAAAAAGCUUGAGCAGCUGGAGUUCUCUUUAGACUCGGUCACUGAUCUCUCUGCCUCUUCCGCUUCGUCGUCCACUCCAGCUGUAGCUACGUUUUCCUGCGUUGAUGGAGUCACGGAGCUCCGAUUUCUGCAAUCGGAUUCGACCCAUUGUUUCAAUUUUGAUCUCGCUUCCGCUCAGUUAUUCAAGUUGGGGCCAGUGCAUUUCAUCUGUGUAUCUGAUAGUUCAGAGGAGAAAUCAUUCUCCAAAGGAGUCAAUAUAAAAUUUAAAAAUGACAAGGAUAGCAAUGAUUUUUGUGAGUCCUUUCAAGAGUGGAGAAAGGAUGCUGUUGUUCAAGGAUCAUCCUUGCAAAAUGGAACGGUUUCAGCUAAUAAAAGCAAGUUCGACAAUAAGAUAGAGGCGUCAUCAGCCAAAAUGUAUUUCCAUUAUUAUGGACAACUUCUACAUCAACAAAAUAUGCUACAAGAUUAUGUGAGGACAGGUACAUAUUAUGCCGCAGUCAUGGAGAAUCGUUCAGAUUUUGCUGGUCGUGUUGUGGUCGAUGUGGGUGCAGGGAGUGGCAUUUUGUCAAUGUUUGCUGCCCAGGCUGGUGCCAAACAUGUGUAUGCGGUUGAAGCAUCAGAAAUGGCUGAGUAUUCUCGUAAGCUGAUUGCUGGAAACCCAUUAUUCGCUGAACGGAUCACAGUCAUCAAGGGUAAAGUUGAGGAUAUCGAGUUGCCUGAGAAAGCAGAUAUUUUGAUCUCUGAACCGAUGGGCACCUUACUGGUCAACGAGAGAAUGUUAGAAUCGUAUGUAAUUGCUAGGGAUCGUUUUAUGUCUCCAAAGGGCAAAAUGUUUCCCACUGUCGGAAGGAUUCACAUGGCACCUUUUUCUGAUGAAUUCUUAUUUAUUGAGAUGGCAAAUAAGGCUAUGUUUUGGCAACAGCAGAACUAUUAUGGAGUUGAUCUGACACCUCUAUAUGGAUCAGCACACCAAGGUUAUUUUUCUCAGCCCGUGGUUGAUGCAUUUGAUCCGAGAUUAUUAGUGGCUUCUCCGAUGUUUCACAUGAUAGAUUUCACUCAAAUGAAGGAAGAAGAUUUUUACGAGAUUGAUAUCCCGUUGAAGUUCACUGCUUCCAUGUGCACCAGAGUGCAUGGACUUGCCUGCUGGUUCGACGUUCUCUUCGACGGGAGCACGGUCCAAAGAUGGCUCACAACUGCUCCUGGUGCACCUACAACGCAUUGGUACCAAAUCAGAUGUGUUCUCUCACAGCCUAUUUACGUAAUGGCAGGUCAAGAGAUCACUGGUAGACUUCAUUUGAUAGCCCACAGUGCUCAGAGUUAUACCAUAGAUUUAACUUUAUCAGCUAAAAUGUGGGGUCCCGGUGCAAGUCAAGGUGGAAUUCUCCAAUCAUCGACAUGCAAAUUCGAUCUGAAAGAACCUUAUUAUAGAAUGUCUCAGCCACAAGCAUACCCUGUUACACAAGAACCACCUCUACAACCACAACCAGAGCUAAAUACACAGGACAUACAAACACCAAACGAUGAAUUAGAAGAAGAGUUACUGCAACAACUGCCACAGAACCUGAGUGCCCAGCUCUAAAAGCUUAUACAUGAAAUGAAGGUGAUGAUAAUAUCAUCUUUGAAUCUCAGUCAUAUUUGAACUUGGGAUUUCUGUUUGUAACGUCAAAAAGGUAAAAUGUUUCUGGUGUCUUUGUGAGUUUUGGUAUGGUUCUAUCAAAAUGAGGAGCAUGGAGAGAUCUUAUUAUUCCCAUUGCUUCCAUGUAAAAGUCUCUGCAUCUUUGUGUUUUCUUUUCACACCCAACUUAUCAAUUAUUUAAGUUAUCUUAACAUCCACACGCAAUGUAAACAAUGAAACAAGAAUCAGAGUUCUUUUAUCAGAAAAAAACGUAAUAGUCUUUCUAAA